AUGACGUUUUUGAGGAGGCUGGAGGCGAACCUGGACUUCUUGCUGGACCCCUUCCCGCCGCCCUCCGCCGUCGGCGGCUCCCCGGCCUCGGCGGCAUCGCCGAGGUCCAGCAGGGUCACCACCCGGGAGCCCGCCCGCAGCCGCCGCGGCGUUUCGACGUGGGCGAUCUCCCCGUCGAGCUUGCUGACCACGAACUCAAGGGCUUUGGUCUGAGAUCGGCCGGAGCGCAGCAGGCUGGGCUCGGGUCUCUGCCCCAGACUGCCGCACUUGAGGUCCAGGUGGUACCACGGCAAUCUCACCCGGCACGCAGCAGAAGCACUGCUGCUCUCCAACGGGCAGGAUGGGAGCUAUCUCUUGAGGAAGAGUAAUGAAAGGGAAGAUUUGUACUCCCUCUCUGUAAGGGGAAAAGAUUCUGUAAAACACUUCCAUGUUGAGCAUACAGGAACUUCAUUCAAAUUUGGAUUUAAUGAAUUUUCUAGCUUGAAGGAAUUGGUCAUGCAUUUUGCAAACCAGCCUUUAAUUGGAAGUGAAACAGGAACUUUAAUUGUAUUGAAGCAUCCCUACCCGUGGCAAGUGGAAGAACCUUCCAUUUACGAGUCUGUCCGAGUUCACACUGCAAUGCAGACGGGAAGGACAGAAAGUGACCUUGUCCCAAAUGCUCCCUCACUUGGUACCAAGGAAGGAUAUUUGAUAAAACAAGGCAAGAUAGUCAAGAGCUGGAAAACAAGGUGGUUUACACUGCAUAGGUAUGAACUUAAGUACUUCAAAGAUCAGACAGCUACGGAACCAAUUCGAGCACUUGACUUAACUGAAUGUUCAGCUGUGCAAUUUGACUAUUCCCAAGAAAGAGUCAAUUGUUUCUGUUUAGUGUUCCCACUAAGGACCUACUACCUGUGUGCAAAAACUGGGAUAGAAGCUGACGAGUGGAUUAAAAUCCUGCGGUGGAAACUGUCACAAAUCCGGAAGCAGCUGGAGGAGCACAACGCCACUCUCAGUUCCUAG